AUUCCUUCUUUUUCUUAAGCCAAUAAAAGUUUACUAAAAUACAUUUAAGAAAGCUAUCUAAAAAAAAAAUGAAAUAUCACUAUAACAGGCAAGCUCUUGAAAAGGUAGCUGAGGAAAAAUUUAUUCGUUUAUGCUCUAUUACAUAUAAGGCAUCCGAUAAUAACAUUUCGGAAAAAUGGGAAAUGGUUCAAAGGACAACACGCGAUACAUCCUUUGAAGAUUUUGAAAGCUCACCCGUUCCCAUACCCUGUGAUUCAGUUGAGAUAUGUGCUGUUCUUAAAAAACAUAAGGAAAAAUUUUUAAUUCUUGUUGCACAAUAUAGGCCACCUCUAGACGCUGUCAUUCUUGAAUUUCCUGCCGGUCUCAUUGAUAAGAAUGAAACUCCAAUUAAAGCAGCUUUACGUGAAUUAUUCGAAGAAACUGGCUACACAGCACUGGAAAGCAAUAUCACACACGUAUCCCCACCUACUUGCAUUGAUUCAGGUCUAAGUGACACUUGUUGUAGCUUUGUACGACUCGAGGUUGAUGGAACUCGUUCUGAUAAUAUUUAUCCCAAACAACAUUUAGAUGAAGGCGAAGACAUCGAUGUUAUUUUACUUCCUAUAACAAUUAAUGAUAAUAUUUUAAACUCAAUAAAUGAACUUGUAAAAGAAAAAAGUAGUACUUAUGGAAAAAUAAUAAUAGACGGAAAACUAUAUGCAUUUAUAGAAGCUCUUUCACAUCCGAUAUUCUAGUUUUUUAUUAUGAAUAACUAAACCUUAAAACAAACAAAAAAA